AUGAAUUUUCUACACGCUGAAUUCUCGCUUCCUUCAUCUCCGACCGCCAUACUCUCAAAAUUCACCUCAAACAUGUCCCGACCAAUUGCCAUAUCAUCGACUGCCGACCCUAUAUCUCUAGCAGUGAGGUCCGCUACAAGACGUAGAGGGCAGCUCAAAAGCUUCAAGAAAUUUCCCCUGCUGCCAACCGAGCUGAGACUCAGGAUAUGGCGUCUGCUUUUCCCUCUCGGCCACGCCAUCGAUCUUGAUUUCAUCAAGUACUUCGCGAGAUGGGAUACCCGUCACAACCCAAUACCCGCUCCUCCCAUAACGCUCUUCAUCAAUGCUGAAAGCCGCCGCGAAACGUUCAACCAGUACUGGGUAGUCCGCGGCAUCGAUCCAUACCGAUGUAUUCAUCGCGGCAAGAAACCCGUCCUAACGAUCCUUUAUAUCAAUCCGAAAGUCGAUCGAAUAUUUAUCACAGAGGAUCGGGCGAAAGAUGGCUAUGAGUCUGACUUGUGGCUUGAUACGAUCAAUAUCCGUGCUCCUGGACUUCUCCGAGCAAUUGAGCGACUCGAGGUUCGCGGUGUCCAUUGGACCUACUGCGAGAGGAGAAUGCUCUGUCUUCAACGUCUGAACGAUAUCCCAAAAGACCGUGCAUGCCGGCUUUACAACGGUCGGGCAACAUUGAAACAAAUGCAAUACCUCCAUUAUGGGCGGCUAUUUCAGUUCCCGGAGUUGAAGGAGCUGGUCUUUGAGCUCGGGAGGUGGGACUGCAAAGCACAGGAUCUCCCAAGGGCUCUUACUUGCGAUCCGAGCGGCAAACCUGUAAUUCGACCAGGGGGAAAGGAGGAGUUGGAGUGGAAAUUUACGAGGUUCUUGAACUUUCACAAAAAGAUGUUCUCGAGUGGUGAUGUGCCAAAAGUCACCUUGCAAAGCUUCAACGGUCCCAAACCAGAUCUCCAGGAUCGAGUUGAGCACAUGAAAUCCCGCAUCAAAAGAGGUCGCUGGGCGCUGAAGACGAAGAUGUGGGACACUAUUGUGGACAUGCUGUCCUGA